UGAUUAUUCGAGUCAAAGUGGCAAUGUAAACGUCGAUGUUUUCGAGUCGAAACAAAUAGCUUUUUAAUGGCUAGUACGCCGGUUUAUUCUUUACAAUCAAGAUAGCAGGAUGGGAUCUGUUGUUUCUAACAUGUAUGGAGGGCUACAGUACAUGAUGAGUUGCGGGGGAGACAAUCAAACGUUCUCUGAUAAUGGCCGAUCGUCUCUUGCCGCGACGCCAUUUGUUUGGAAACGUACGAGCUCCAUGUACUUUGAUGAAGAUGGGGAUCUAGCUCAUGAAUUUUAUGAAGAAGUUAAACCGAAUAAGAAAGGGAAAAAGUAUUUCAUGAAGAAAGUUACGCGGCGCCUGUUACCUCAAGGACUGGUUGAUUUACCAUAUCCAAGAUUAAAUGUGGAUUUUCCAGUUGUUAUGUGCGAGGCAUAUUAGAGAAAUGACCUUCACAUUUCAAAAUCUAGCCUCAAAUGAGAUGAAUAUGGAAUUUAUCAAGAAUCUUGCUAAACAGUUGAGUCAUUCGCCAAGAAGACUUGCAUGUAAUUCAGAAUGUUAUCUGAAACAUUUUGUUAUUGACCACAGCGUUAUUGCAUUGUCAAGCCAGGUAUCUUGUGCUCCUUCUUUCCUUGAGCUCACAGUCACUCAUUAGAACAAUUAACUAAACUGAUAAUGCCAACUGAUGGCUUGUAUCGGUGAAAACAGCAUAUGUUUAGCAUAAGGCUGUGGCUAAGUGCUGGGCACAGACUUAAAUGGACAAAGUGUUAGCGGUCAGAAAUAUUCAUAGAAUUUCCCCCGAAAGUUGCUUUCAAACUUCUAAAGAGUAAUAGAUGUUUGUUUAGAAAUGGAAAGUGUUUCCAUGUCACUUAGAAAACGAUUCUGAUCAGACUGCUAGGUAGGGUGUCAAAUAAACAGUGCCUGGCACUCAGAAUUUCUCCCCACAUUCCCAGUGAAAACUUCCUUCAAGCCCAGUGAGAUUAAUCGAUGUAUGUUCAGAAAUGCCAAGUGAUUCUAAAUAUUGAAUUGGUUGGAAGACGACAGAUUUUCAAAGCCUGUACUUACCACAAAGUCUGUUCACAAAUAUUUUCCAAGUGUUGAUGACCUAGUGAUUUUACAGCAAGCACAAGAACAGAAAAUUCUUCCACCAAAAAAAAAAAAAAAAAAAAAAANGUUUGGAACCCCUUGACAUUUCAAAACAAACAUCUGAUACUCUUGAACCUUUCAGUGAAAUUCUGUGAAAAUCUGACUGCCAGGUAUUUAUUCCAUUUAAGACUGUGACCACCUGCAUGGCAUUUAUCUGCUAUGUUUAUAUAAUGGUUGUGGCACAGCAUUGCUCACCUCCUCUCCAAAUGAAAUAAUUCUCCAUAGGGGUGUUGUUGUUUUUGGUGGAAAUAACAACAUUGUACAAUACCAUAGAAAAAUUUGUAUGACAUGUUAGUCAUUUUUUUCUGUUAAUAAGUAAGAUAAGGUAGAUAAAUUAUGUUUCAAACAAGAAGAAACUUGUGCAAAUUAUGAAUGAUAGAUGUUGUGUGAGCUUUACCUGUU